UGUUCGCUCUCCUAUGUCAUCAAUAAUUUGUGAACGAUUCGAGACGAGACACGUCCAGGUCUCUUCACACGACCUCGUAUACAUUUCGCCUUAAGCGCUCAUUAUUGAUCAAUCUCAUCAUUGACAUCCCUUGAACAACGCGAAUACUGAACGCAUCGGACACUGUUGAUCGAUCCCGGGUUGCGCAACACCCCGGACCAUCGAUCUCAAAGUCAAUCCCUGCGCCAGCCGUUUUGGACGGUUGGCGUCGACAGCAUGCCCAGCUAUACCUCAUCCCAGAGGUCGGCGAUAACACAAUUCGUCAGUUUUACCCAGGCAAAGGAAAGUAUAGCGGCGAAGUUUCUCAAGAAUCAUGACUGGAACGUCGAACGGGCUCUGGAUUCGUUCUAUCAGAGUGGUUCCGGCAAUGCAUCAACACCACCAACCCAGCAGAACCUAAAUAAACUAUUCGAUCAAUAUCGAGACAAACCUAAAGAGGCCCCGGACAGAUUCGAGAUAGAAGGUGCUCAAAAGUACUUGACCGAUCUCAAUGUCGAACUCGACGAGGUCGCUCACUUGGCCAUAUGCAACCUGUUACAAUGCCCAUCUAUCGGCGAAUUCGAGCGAGAACCUUUCAUCUCUGGCUGGCGCAGCGUAUCCUCCGGCAGCAAACAAUACGACUCAACGGCUACUCAAGCGCAGUACCUUGACAUUCUUCGGAAGAAAGUCACCUCGGACCCUGCCUAUUUCAAGCAAGUAUACCGCAACGCGUUCAAGCUGGCCAAACCAGAGGGCCAAAAAAGCGUCCCGAUGGACUCGGCAAUCGACUUCUGGAAUAUGUUCUUCCGAUCUGGUAAAGGUGGUAUCGAGUGGAGUACAGCAUCAACGAAAUGGCUGGAUCUGUGGUGUGCCUUCUAUGAAUCUCACACCAAGAGACCAGUGAACAAGGAUUUGUGGAACAUGGUUGGCGAACUCGUCACUAAGACCCGAGAAUCCGGCGGCGAGUCCUUGGAAUGGUGGAAGGAAGAUGGUGCUUGGCCGAUGGCGAUCGACGACUUCGUUGCAUAUGUGAAAGAGAAGAGAAAGUCGGAUGGCGAUACGAUGGAUACGAGUUGAGGUGUCCCUCUGAGACUGCCCCAAAUGCUAAUAUUGGAGCAUGUUUUUUUCCAAACGAUACGCGAUCCGGAAACGGUGACCUGGAAGAUAUGAACAUCGAGGAUUGUCACAGACGGGAA